AUGCACGAACAGACCCCAGACACCCAACUCACCUACGAGGUCCCUAACUAUGAAUCCGGGGAUAUCUUUCUCAGGUCGCUGGGGUCGGUCUCCGCACCUCAGCUAUGUGUGCAAGAACCAGGCUUGCUUCUCGUCAUGCACUCGAGGCCCAAACCAGUCUUCGGAAAACCCGUCAAUAUAAUGGCGGUGCCAUACGAGCAAGGGACAUUCCGUAGAAUACUCGAGCGUCUAUAUCAGCACCGAUCCCUCGCCUUCUUGCACGGCAGGAUCUCCACUGCUGUGUUCAACAUAAGACCGGUGACAGUGAACUCUGGUGGCUCAGAGAACUCAGCAAUCGUGUACAACUGCAAGUCCGACACAGCAUCACCAGCCAAACCAGACGACGUAGCCAUGUCCGUAACACAUCUUCCUAGCCAACGGAUGACAUACGCAAUGAUGUAUGGGUGUACUCCUCAAGUCAUCAAGCUUGUUUCAGCAUGGCUCAAGGUAUUCAAGGGACAGGCUCUCCAUCCCUUGAUCAUGCCACUGGUAUUCGCGGAGCUCGAACGUAAACGUCUCUUCAAUGUCCUAGACCGUGAGCAGAUGGAACUUAGGCAGUGGAUUCUCACUCUUGAAGACAAGCUUCGUCUAGAAUCGGAGCUCCCUAAGCCGGAUACGGAAGAAGUGGAGCUUGUAGCCCAGAGCAGAGACACCCAGUCAACGAAAUUAUGGCUCGAUGUUAGUAUUCUCAAGAACGGACUGGAAAGCCUUCACGAUCAGGUCGUGAAAAUGAUUGAGCAAUCCGAAAUUCUGGCAACAACAGUCUUCAAACAACCAGCCCAAGGCAGUCAAGAUAUCGAUCACCACACUGAGGAGCGUAAGACAGGUGAAAGAAUCAAAACUAGAUUGUCCGAGAUGAUCGCGGAGUUUGACAGUAAAGUAAGAACUUGCGAUAGUCUACUUGGAGGAAUGGCGCUGGCCGCACAGAUGGAGUCGAAUUACUACACCAGACGAGACGCUAAAGUUGCGAUUGCUAUCGCUUUCGCCACAAAGAAAGAUGGCAGUCAAAUGAAGAGUAUUUCGCACUUGGGAAUGAUCUUCUUGCCGGGCACCUUUCUUGCUAGUAUUUUUUCGAUGUCGUUCUUCAACUGGACGCCCCCUGAUAGCUCUCAAAUCAUCUCACCCUGGGUGGCCAUUUAUUUUGCAAUGGCGCUCGUCGUCACCGUGCUUACCGUCUGGAGAAUGAGAGAAUGGAUGAAGAAAGAUGAAUUAAGGGCGAUGAAACAGUUCUUGAAGGACAUCGGCGAUGUUGAAUCGCAGCCUACACGCGAUUUGUGA